UGCUAAAGUGCGACAACAAUGCAGUACAGAGGAUGCUAAAGAGCUACAACAAUGCAGUGCAGAGGAUGCUAAAGUGCUACAACAACGCAGUACAGAGGAUGCUAAAGUGCGACAACAACGCAGUACAGAGGAUUCCCAAGUUCUACAACAAUGCAGUGCAGAGGAUGCUAAAGUGCUACAACAGCACAGUGCAGAGGAUGCUAAAGUGCUACAACAACGCAGCGCGGAGGUCAUUAUGUAUGAAGAAUUAUGUAAACAUGUUGUGGGGCGUCGUUGCUUCUUCCUUCUCCUUUUCGGACAACUCUUUUUCUUUCUUUCUUUCUUUCUUUAUUAUUCCCCUUUUCCCCAAACGACUUUAGUUUGUUUGAAACCAUCUUGACAGAGAGGAUUUUCCCAUGACAAAGAGGUGCUUUUUCAUCCAUUUGGAGUAAAGAAACAAGUCUUUGCAUGAAAGGCGCCUGCGCUGACAUUCAUGACUUCAUUGAUAUUCAUGCAGCUCGAACCUGCGACUGCUUUGGUGCAUUGUCCUCUUUUUUUUGUGUGCGUUUUUUUCUUCUUCUCCCCCCCAGCCAGUCUCAAAGCUCUAACCCCAUCACCCUCAUCUCGCACCCCUGUUGGACAUUAUGCGCCGCAGCAUCCCUGCCGCCAUAGCAACCAAAAGGAGCAUCCUGGGUGGUGGCACGGGAGUAAGAGAGAGAGAGAGAGAGAGAGAGAGAGAGAGAGAGAGAGAGGGGUGGGGGGAGAAGCCGAGGGAGGAGAAGUGAGCGAGGUUAACCAGAGAGGAAAAGUGACUUUAACGGACGCUACUUUUGGCCUCCUGCUCGGCGUGUUUGUGCUCUGCGGCCUGGUUCUGCUGGGCCUCCUGGCCUUUGGCUCCUGGAAGCUGUGCGGGCCUCCCGGCCGGAGCAAAGCCGACUUCCCCGGUCCGACCCGGAGCCCGGAGCACCACCCGCUGCAGCCGGCCUCGCCGCCGCCGCCGCUGCCGGGCCCCCACCACCCCCACCACUACCAGCAGCAUCGACAGCAGUGGCAGCCGGCGGUUACCAUGGCGACAGAGAAAGUGAAAGACCCCGUGGGCCCUAUGGGUUUCCUAGAGGCGGCCGUGAAGAUAAGUCAUACAUCUCCUGACAUCCCCACCGAUGUUCAGCUCUCCAUGAGGGAGCACUUCCUGCGCCGCACGCAGCGCAUGCAGAGGCAGACCACGGAGCCCGCCUCCUCCACCCGGCACAACUCCUUCAAGAGACACCUUCCCCGGCAGAUGCAGGUGGGCAGCCUGGACCUGGGCAACGACUUCAUGUUGGACAAGGAGGAGAAGUCCACCAGCAUCGGCCGCAUCCAGCCGGAGCUCUACCAGCAGAAAACCUUGGAGUCGGAGGACUCGUCCAAGAACGGCAGCAGCAAAAACUGCGGCAGGAUUAACAUCUCCCUCAAGUACGACUACGACAGCGAGGGCCUGGUGGUCAACAUCAUCCAGGCGGAGGACCUGCCCGCCAAAGACUUGUGCGGCACGUCCGACCCUUACGUCAAGAUCUACUUGCUGCCCGACCGCAAGAAGUUCCAGACGCGCGUCCACCGGAAGACCCUCAACCCCACCUUCGACGAGAGCUUCCACUUCCCCGUGCCUUACGACGAGCUGGCCGCCAGGAAGCUCCACAUGAGCGUCUUCGACUUUGACAGGUUUUCCCGGCACGACAUGAUCGGGGAGGUGGUGCUGGAAAACCUGUUUGAGAUGUCCGACCUGUCCCGCGACACCAACAUUUGGAGGGACAUCGACUACGCCACCAGCGAGAGCGUGGACCUCGGUGAGAUCAUGUUCUCACUCUGCUACCUCCCCACUGCUGGCAGACUCACACUGACGGUCAUCAAGUGCAGGAACCUGAAGGCCAUGGACAUCACUGGGUACUCAGAUCCUUACGUGAAAGUGUCGCUUAUAUGCGACGGCCGGCGUCUGAAGAAGAAGAAAACGAGCAUCAAGAAGAACACUUUGAAUCCCACCUACAACGAGGCCAUCAUCUUCGACAUCCCGCCUGACAGCAUGGACCACGUCAGCCUGCACAUCUCCGUCAUGGACUACGACUUGGUCGGUCACAACGAGGUCAUCGGCGUGAUGCGGGUGGGCUGCAAGGCCGAGGGUCUGGGCAGGGACCACUGGAACGAAAUGUUGGCUUACCCUCGCAAACCCAUCGCACACUGGCACCCCCUGCUGGAGUCCAAGAAAUCGGAGAAGGAGUGGAAAGCGAGGACGGCGAGCUUUGACAGCCAGGGCUCCUGCCCCUCCCCUCGCCCCCCAGCGACACCCUGAGAGGCGCCACCUGAGACCCCCCCCCGCCACCCAGUGUGGGGGUAAGCGGCGGUAGUGCCGCUGUGUUUCCUGCCUCCUGCUGCUCCACUUCCUGUCUGUCUGACUGUGUACUCACCCCCCCAACCAGGCUCCUUCCUCCCACUCCCACCUUCAGCAGGUCAGGUCUGACGUUUGGGCGUUUGAGGGCAUCGCGGUGGGCGGUCCCUCCUGGCUUUCCAGAAGGUUAAACCGAGCGCAUAGUCCUUGUCGACGGGAAGGUCCGGGGUCACCGCGGGAGAUUUCUUCGUCUGAAACAGGAAGUCAGAGGAGACAAAAAAUAAAAUAAGUGUUGCGUAUAACAAAAACAAAAGUAAAAAAAAACAAAUUUUUUGUGUUUCAUGAUGAGUUUGCAGUUAAAUCAACAUUAUUAUGUAAUAUUUCAUUUUCCCGCACUAAGCGACUUUGCAGCCAAAAUGGAAGAUGUGUAAUUGUUUUGUUUAAAUUGAUUUAAACAAUCUUAAUAUUAAUAAAAACUUAAUUCAAUUAAAAAAAAUAGGCUAUGACCCAUAACACUGAAUCAGUGCCAUUUACUUUAUCUCCUUUUUUGAAACCCUAAAUCUGACAAUACACAUAUUUAAAUUCAAUGAUCCUGAGCCAAAGAUAACAGGUAGUGAGUUUUUAAAUAAAAUAAAAUAAACAGAAAUGACAAAUAUGUACAACAGGAAAACGUAACAAUGAAAUAAUGUGCUGCAUUGUCAUAGUUCAGGGGUCGGCAACCUUUACCAGUCAAAGAGCCAUUUUGACCAGUUUCACAAAUUAUAGUAAACAAUGGGAGCCGCAAAUUUUUUUUGAAAUUUUAAAUGAAAUUACACUCUAUACCAAAGUUUUCUUUUUGCUUUGUGCCAUGUAUAAACCAGGGGUCUCAGACACGCUGCCCACACCUUUAUUUGGAAUUUGAAAGCUGGUGUGGCAUGCGAGUUUUAAAUGAAUGGCGCUUGUCAGCAUAUAGCACCCACUACAACCAGCAUGCCUGAUCAGCCACACGUUGUACGGUGUUUCCGCUUGCUCACGUAGGGUGACAGCAAGGCAUACUUGGUCAACAACCACA